GAAUCGAGAAGUCUCUGGUGGGGAGAUAGGCAUAUAUGCUUGCGGCGGCGACUGCUGUGUGUGUAACCGAACAAAUCGCGGAUCCACUGACCGGCCAGUGGCAAACGCGCGGUGAUACUUGAAGAGGUAACUAGUUUCUCAGUGUCCUGGAAUCGGUGCACGAACAUCGCAAUGUGGAUGCAAUUGUUAACGCUGGCCUUAGCCAGCUACUGUCUGGCUGCGCCCCAACAGCAACAAGUGGACUCAAAUGACUUGGAUCAGCUGAUAGGAACUGUGUUUGGAGGCGGUCCGCAACCGUCUGCAACCACCUCAACCCCCGACAACAAGGGAUCCGGCGAUUUAAACGCGCUGGUCAACCAGUACCUUAAUCAACAGACCACACAGGGUACAUUUGUGGGGUCGAAAAACAAACCGACACCUCCUCCAGAUGACUGCGAAUGCGUGUCUUACUACCUCUGCAACAACGGUACCGUGAUACAGGAUGGAUACGGGCUGAUAGAUAUCAGGUCCGGUUUCGAUAAAAAUUCGCCCGGUGAUCAGAUGUCCGGAGGACAGUGUUCCGACUAUCUGUACGUCUGUUGCAAACCACCUGACAGGAUUUCGCCUGACAACAAGCCAACACCGCCUCCCGUCCAAAGAAUGGGUUGCGGCAAACGACACCCGGACGGUGUUGGUUUCAGGAUUAUCGGGGACAGCAACAACGAAACAAAAUUCGGUGAAUUUCCAUGGAUGGUGGCGAUCCUGAGGAACGAGAUAGUGGGCAAGGAUAAUCAGAAACUGAACGUCUACCAGUGCGGUGGUUCUUUGAUCCACAGACAGGCCGUGUUGACAGCCGCACACUGCGUGCACGGGAAACAACCGUCCGAGUUGAAAGUUCGAGCAGGUGAAUGGGACACACAAACGAGGAACGAGAUCUUCCAGCAUCAAGAUCGCAACGUGCAAAAAGUGAUCGUCCACGACAAAUACUAUGCCGGCGCUCUUUACAACGAUUUCGCUAUCUUGAUUCUAACAGAACCGGUCGAGCUCGCGGAGAACGUCGAUUUAGUGUGCUUGCCGGACGUUAACGAAGUUUUCGAUAGGAGCAAUUGCUUCGUCACUGGCUGGGGCAAGGACAAAUUCGGUAAAGAGGGUCACUAUCAGGUAAUUCUGAAGAAGGUUGGCUUGCCGGUGGUGCCACGCGACACGUGCCAGGAGAGUUUACGUAAGACCAGAUUAGGGAAAUAUUUCAAUCUACACGAGACCUUUAUUUGCGCUGGUGGCGUGGCUGGCCAGGACGCUUGCAAGGGCGAUGGAGGAAGUCCUCUAGUGUGUCCGAGCAAGAGAGACCCGACCACAUACCAACAAGCGGGCAUUGUGGCAUGGGGAAUCGGUUGCGGCGAGGACGGUACACCGGGUGUCUACGCGAAUGUUGCUACCGCGCGCAGCUGGAUUGACGAACAAAUGGCUUAUAACAAUCUGGACAAUACCGUAAACAUCGCAAUGUGGAUGCAAUUGUUAACGCUGGCCUUAGCCGGCUACUGUCUGGCUGCGCCCCAACAGCAACAAGUGGGCUCAAAUGACUUGGAUAACCAGUUACUGACUGUGUUUGGAGACUCUCAAUCUCCGCAACCACCUGCAACCACCUCAACCACCGACAACAAGGGAUCCGGCGAUUUAAACGCGCUGGGCACCCAGUCCCUCGACAAUCAGCAGACCACACAGGGUACAUUUGUAGGGACGAAAAACAAACCGACACCACCUCCAGAUGACUGCGAAUGCGUGUCCUACUACCUCUGCGACAACGGUACCGCAACACAGGAUGUACAGGGGCUGAUAGAUAUCAGGGGCGGUUUCAACAAAAAUUCAUCCAUUGACCAGAUGUCCGCAGGAAAAUGUUCCCACUAUAUGUACGUCUGCUGUAAACCACCUGACAGGAUUUCACCUGACAACAAGCCAACGCCGCCUCGCCUCCAAAGAAUAGGUUGCGGCAAACGACACCCGGACGGUGUUGGUUUCAGGAUUAUCGGGGACUACAACAAUGAAACAAAAUUCGGCGAAUUUCCGUGGAUGAUGGCGAUCCUGAGGAACGAGAUAGUGGGCAAGGAUAAUCAGAAACUGAACGUCUACCAGUGCGGUGGUUCUUUGAUCCACAGACAGGCCGUGUUGACAGCCGCACACUGCGUGCACGGGAAACAACCGUCCGAGUUGAAAGUUCGAGCGGGUGAAUGGGACACACAAACGAGGAACGAGAUCUACCCGCAUCAGGAUCGCAACGUGCAAAAAGUGAUCGUCCACGAGAAAUACUAUGCCGGCGCGCUUUACUACGAUUUCGCUAUCUUGAUUCUAACAGAACCGGUUGAGUUCUCGGAGAACAUCGAUUUAGUGUGCUUGCCGGAUGUUAACGACGUUUUCGAUAGCAGCAGUUGCUUCGUCACUGGCUGGGGCAAGCACAAAUUCGGUAAAGAGGGUCACUAUCAGGUAAUUCUGAAGAAGAUUGGCUUGCCGGUGGUGCCACGCGACACGUGCCAGGAGAGUUUACGUAAGACCAGAUUAGGGAAAUAUUUCAAUCUACACGAGACCUUUAUUUGCGCUGGUGGCGUGGCUGACCAGGACGCUUGCAAGGGCGAUGGAGGAAGUCCUCUAGUGUGUCCGAGCAAGAGAGACCCGACCACGUACCAACAAGCGGGCAUUGUGGCAUGGGGAAUCGGUUGCGGCGAGGACGGUACACCGGGUGUCUACGCGAAUGUUGCUACCGCGCGCAACUGGAUUGACGAACAAAUGGCUAAUCACAAUCUGGACAAUACCGUAUACGAUUUCUAACUUGAAGAUAGACUG